AUGGGGCUGGAGGUGGAGGAGGAGGAUCAGUCUUCUGGAAAAAAGAAGCCAACAAAAGGGAAAAGUUACCCGGUGAAUAUUGCAGUGCAGAAUGAGCCUGAGGGGAUUGCCUUCAAGCCAAAAGUCAAGCCUGUUUCUGUUUCUGAGAACCCAGAUGACAAUCCCAUAAUGAAGGUGAUUGGCGGCUACACAGCCACUGAUGCAGACACUGGACAGCCUGCAGACAAUGUUCAAUAUGCUAAAGGAAAUGAUCCUGAAAACUGGCUGUUAGUCGACCCAAACACAGCAGAGAUUAGACUUCAGAAAACCCCAGACAGAGAGUCUCCAUUCUUGGUUAAUGGAACCUACUAUGCUCAAAUAGUGGGCAUAGUCCAGGGGAGCCCUUCCAGGACAGCCACAGGAACUAUAGCACUGCAGGUUGGAGACGAAAAUGACAACUGCCCAAUACUUAAAAGCAAACUGGAGUAUGUCUGCUCAGGUACUGAACAGGUUAUCAUAACAGCGGAAGAUGAGGAUAGAGACCCAAAUGCUGCCCCAUUCAUUUUCAGCAUUGUGCCCAAACAGACGACGGACAAAUGGAAGAUUGAGCACUUAAAUGAUACCAAGGCAUCCCUUCAGCCUUUGUCACCACUGUGGCCUGGCAUGUACCGGGUCACUCUCAUUAUCCAGGACCAGCAGGGUCUUGCUUGCCCAGACAAUCAGGAAAUGGAAAUAUAUGCCUGCACUUGUGAUGAAGAGGAGACAUGUAGGAUCACGGGUGCAGAUGGUCGAACUCAAUUUCUGAAGGAUAGAUCAGCCACAUUUGGAGGUCUAGGAGCUUGUGUGCUGAUCCUGGCAAUCCUGCCAUUGAUUUUGGUGGGUAUCCUACUGAUGACAUGCUCAUGUGGAGACAAGUCAAGAUCCUUCUCAGAUCUUCCGUUUGAUGCCAAGGAGUACCUGAUAGUCUAUCAUACAGAGGGACGUGGGGAAGACAAGGAUGUCCCACUGCUCAGUUCUCCAGCCCAUAUGAUGUCUCCUGCCUUGCCUGCUGCACAGGCCGGCAACGUAGCGCUCGGCACCCAGAGAUACAUGGAAGACUCCUUCACAGGGCUUAACCUGCGCACUUCAUACAGCACUUGCAAUAAUAUAUCUGGGAGCAACAGAAGGAUCAAGGAGGGUCAUUUCGGAAUGCUGGAUGAAGGCCUUGGAACAUCUAGAGAGAUCCAUAGAGCAACCCAUUCCCAUGCAGUAAAUAAACAAUAUUUGCACUAUGAAGGCAUUGCUCUCCCUGACGUAUACCUGCAUCAAUACUACUCCCAGAAGGCGAGCUGUGGAGCAGAGCAGCAACCAGCAAAUGACAGUGUAUUGGAAUAUGACUACGAGGGUCAGGGUUCAUCUGCUGGCUCAGUCGGCUGUUGCAGCAUCCUGGAGUUUGACGAUGACUUGCAGUUCCUCAAUGACCUUGACCCAAAUUUUAAGACACUGGCUGAGAUCUGUUGCCCUCCAACACCUCUAUCAACUUCUACUCCUGUUGCACCUGUAACACAUGCAACAUCUGAAAGCAGUGUUUCUCAUGAACUCGACACAGUUGACCAGUUUGCAUUACCAUCAUUGGGGACAAAAGCACAUGGUGUCAACAGCAGCAAAAUCCACGGCAACGCCUUUGAGCAUCACCACAAAGUCACCCAGCCAUCCACCAGUGCCAUUAGGGUUGAUAGAACAUCCACCAACAGCAUACAUCAGUUAUCACACAGCACCAACCAUGUGGCCAAAUCACCUACCAUUUGCCAAAUUACUCCGCCAAUGCUGCCCUCUACUGGUCAGAUAUGUUUACUGCAGCAGCAGCCUGUCUACUACACCACCAGCCCUGUUCUGCAGCCUCUGCACUGCAUACUCCAGCCGCCGCUUCAGAACGCGGUACUGCUGACGGAGUCACCCGCCACGAAUCUGCAAGGCAUGGUCGUGCUGAACGGUGGCUUCGGGCAAGUCAGGCAGAGCAGAAAUACCGGGGGGACACUGAGUCUCAGUCGGAGAAGGAGCAGCAAGAGGGUCAGCGUAGGGGGUGAAGUCACCCCUGAGCGGAGUCACACUGACAGAGUAACGCAGCCACCUGCUCAGAGUUUUACACUGAUUAGUGGACACAUUGCCGUGGGAGCAGCAGGGAGUGAAAACCGGUUGUCCCAGAGGGUAGAUGUUUCAGAGAAGUGCCAGAAGUAG